AUUGAGGACGAAUUGGUUUUAAUAAGUUCAGUGUUGUUUAUUCACGCGGGAUUAUCUAAUUAUGAGGGGCUUGUGAUGAGUUGGCUAUGAAAAACAGUCCCCUAUCUUAAUUUGGUCCCUGCGUUCAGAGAAUGUGAUGGCUUGAGGCAAAAGAGGAAUGAUUCCUCUUUACAGCUCCUGGCUGCCACAACACUUCCUGAGCGGGCUUCAUAGGCCGUAGGGACAAACAGCAGCAGCAGCAACACCUGCGACGUUUGCUGGGCGCUGUUGGCUUGCCAGGGGCGCUGAGGGCGCGGCUCCGUUGCUGCCUCCCGCCUCCCAGGGCAGCGUCGGGAGGCGGGAGUUCCCGUGCGUUUCGUCCGGGGAGCGAGGUUCACCUGGGCUGCUUCCAGACAGCGCGCGCGAGGAAGUGGUCGCGCUGGGCUGAGGCCACGCGGUUUGGGCGCUAUGAGGGGAGCCAAGCGCAGAAAGGAGAAGGGAGAGGUCGGAGGAGGAGGCGCCCGGACGUGACUGAGGCGCUCCGAGAGAGCCGUGCGGGCGCCUUACGGAGCAGUCCGCCCAGGCGAGUUCUGCAGGGGUUCGGGGGGCAUCGACUGCCCCCUCGGGAAGCGAGUCUUCGUGGGAGAUGGACCCACGAGGCUGGCCCUGCCUCAUUUGCAGCUGCCUCUUCUGGUCAGUGCAUGGGAUGGUACCAGAACCGCAGAAUGUAAGACUUCAUUCAGUUAUGUUCGACACUUUUCUCCAGUGGGAUCCACCUCAUUUUCACAAAGGAAGCAUGACUUACACAGUUCAGUAUAAAGUGUAUGUAUAUGGAAAUGGGUUCACUGAUUUAUGCCAAAGAACUGACAUCACAAAGUGCAAUAUUUCAAGUAUCCCUAUACAUGGUAGUUACAUUGUAAGAGUUAGAACUGAAGUUGAGGAGGAGCGAUCAGACUGGGUAAACAUCACCUUCACACCAUUCAGUGACACAAUCAUUGAACCACCUGCUGUACAAGCUGAAGCUACAACACCCGGGGUCUUGAUUGUACAAAUCACAGACCCACUUGUUUCUAGAGAUGGUGGCAAAUAUUCCAUAAAACAUUUUUAUGGCCAUGGUUUUGUGACUUACAAGAUGCGAAUUUGGAAGAAAGAUUAUGAUGGUGAACAGGUUAGAUAUGUGAAUAUAACACAGUCUUCUAAAACAUUGCCUGAUCUGGAUCCUGGGACAACAUAUUGCCUUCAGGCUCAAGCAUUUAUUGUUGAAUUAAAUAAAAAUGGGGACUGGAGUAACGCUUUAUGUAUCACUACAACUGACAAUGGUAUAAAUACAGUGCAGCUGACUAUUAUCCUGCUAUCAGUGUUGGCUUUGUUACCUUUCAUCUGCUUUAUGAUUUUACAUGUUUAUCGAUGGGCCAAAUACAUCUUCUUACCUUCGUAUUAUUUACCACAACAUUUCAUAGAGUUUUUAAGCAAGCCUUUUUACAGUUCUCAGUUUCUUGCAUCUCAGUCUCAAGGAGAAGAACAGUCCUACGACAAGAUAAUUGUCCUUUCAGAGGAGUCAAAAAACGAUAAUGAAUCUGAGGAACAAAUGAGAAAUGCAAAGCAGCUACUCCAAGGUUCUCAUGAAGAAAUCCUUAGGCCAAAAGAAGUUUCAGAUUUUACGCCUCUGGUACACUCUUAAAAGUGGAAGAAAAAAACGUGGAAAGUGUGUUUUGAAGGCAGUUGGUGGCACUUUCAAGGAAGCAACAAACACCUUGCACAUUACAGAUUUAAAACUGUUAACUUUGUGAACAUUAUCUUUCAAAACUAUAUUUAUUCUGUUAUAAUAUAUUUUUAAAGAAUCUUGUAAAUACAAAUUAUCUAUUUUAAAGAUUUAUUUUUAUAUAUAUUGAAGCCUUAAUUUUAGAACAAACCAUCAGUGAAGUAUUAGUUAAGCAAGUUCACUCAUAUAAAAAUUGUGAAGUUCCAAAUCUUUUAUUACAAGUGGAUUUGUGCAUUGUGUAGAAUAGUUCAAAUUCAUUAUGAGAAACAAACUGGGAUUUAUAAAAUAAUGAUGCUCCCAUAGUAUUAUGUUUUCUGAUCCAUAUUUGCUUUAAACUGUGUCUGUAUUCAAGCAACACCAUCAUACAUUGUAUAGCUGGCAUCUAUCUACACAGCAUUGUUUUCAAUGCGAUUUGCAUUGCAAGAUGCUUUCCCAACCUUAUUCUGGUGCAUCCAAUUGCAUCUUUUAAAGGCACAAAUAGAGUUGGGUUGGGAUUGCAGUCUUCACACCAUGAUCCAGCUAGAUACAUAUGUUCACAGUAGCAUGUUUCCAUAUGUUAUGAAUGUUAGCUAUAUAAUGAACACCAAUUAGUGUUGCGCGUGCAAAGCCAGGGCCUGAGAGGAGUGAAGGCUGAAGUCAGCCAACUAUCCACUGUCCCCUCUCACUAUGUCCCUGAAUAAGAUGAUUUUUGGCUAUUGCUGAGCCCUGGAAACAUAGCUCCUGGGCUUGGCUUUUCAACCUGGGGAUACCUGUGCAACGGCUCAGUUUCUCGUAUGUGUAGCUGGAUUUUUUUGCAAAGACAUGCCUAAAUCCCUUUUCAAUAGAACCUAGGGCUCAUUCAUACUUCUGCUUGUCCCACCGGUUUCCCCGGAAAACCCAUCUGUUUACUACUGAAUUGGAGCAAAUUGGGUUUUCUCUGGAUUGACAUUUGUUCCGAUCUAGCACGAAAGAGCAGGGUUUUCAGAGAAAAGCAGUGGAGCAAAGGCAAAAUCACUUGGAUCCGUGCCUAGAAAGCACAGGACAAGUGGAAAACCACUCAGACACAUGCUUUCUAUACAUGGGACAAGUGGAAGUGUGGACGAGUCCUUAGUCAUUACGAACUUCCACUGGAUUCUUUCCAAUACACAGAAGUAAUCUCCAUUUAUUUAGACUGUAGUACUAUGCACCUGUGAGAUGCAGGUGGCGCUGUGGUCUAAACCACAGAGCCUAGGACUUGCCGAUCAGAAGGUCAGCGGUUCGAAUCCCCGUGACGGGGUGAGCUCCCGUUGCUCGGUUCCUGCUCCUGCCAACCUAGCAGUUCGAAAUCACUUCAAAGUGCCAAGUACCUUCUGGCGGGAACGGCGUUUCCGUGCGCUGCUCUGGUUCGCCAGAAGCGGCUUGGUCAUGCUGGCCACAUGACCCGGAAGCUGUACGCUGGCUCCCUUGGC